AUUUCCUUUUAUAGUUUGAUUUUCGUUUGUAGAUGACAUUCUUUCACAUUACUAUCAGAAAUGAUUUUGCGUUUGCCAAGGAAUCAUUUAGCCGUGUACUUUGACUUCACAGGGUUAUGUCAGAGAUAUGCAGGAAAUACGAUGUUGAGACCUUUGCAUGUUUUGCAAAUGAGAACAUGUUGUGGUUGUUUCAGGGAAGAUCUUAACAUUCACUUCCUGUUCCUGAACUCUUCUGUCUUGACUAAAUACUAACUUUGGAGUUCAUGCAUGCACCAUGCAGUUUUCAUUGGCUCUUGUAUGAAGAGUGAUGCGACUGUCCGUCAGACGAGGGGCUUCACUCCUGUUUACCGUGUUUGGAGUUUUUGUAUUAACUAGAACCCUCUACACUGUGCUAAUAUGCCACGAACCAGCUUCCAGAAGACGUCUGGUGUCUGUCCUGGUUAAAAACUUUAACCAAACAGAAUACAGUUACAACCAGAACACUCCUAUUGUGUUUGUGGGUGGGUUUCCUCGGUCUGGGACCACCCUGAUGCGUGCCAUGCUGGACGCCCACCCUGACAUCCGCUGCGGGGAAGAGACGCGGGUGAUCCCCAGACUGCUGUCUUUGCGGCAGAGCUGGGGAAGGUCGAAUGAUGAGCGCCAGGCACUGGAUGAAGAAGGGAUCAGCCAGAAGAUGCUGGACGAUGCCACCAUGGCUUUCAUACUGGAGAUCAUUGCACGUCACGGAGAACCUGCACCGUUGCUGUGCAAUAAAGACCCCUUUACACUGAAGAGUGCUGUUUAUCUGUCACACAUUUUUCCCAACUCUAAAUUUGUACUGAUGCUGAGAGACGGUCGUGCAUCGGUGCAUUCUGUGAUCUCCAGGCGAGUCACUAUCGGUGGCUUUAACCUGUCCAGCUACAGGGACUGUUUGUCGAAAUGGAACAGCGCAGUAGAAGCGAUGUUCUCCCAGUGCUUGGCUGUCGGCAGGAAUCGGUGCAUGACGGUACGGUACGAGGAUCUGGUGCUGCAGCCACGCGCUACCAUGCGGAACAUUCUGCGUUUCCUGAAUAUGCGGUGGUAUGAAGGGGUGCUUCACCACGAGGAGGCCAUUGGGAAACCAGGAGGGGUGUCACUGUCUAAAACCGAACGUUCUACGGAUCAGGUGAUUAAACCCGUUAACCUGGAGGCUCUCACGCGCUGGGUGGGCCAUAUCCCAGGAGAUGUCCAGGAAGACAUGGAGAACAUUGCACCAAUCCUCCGCAGGUUGGGUUACAACCCCAAUGCCAAUCCUCCAGAUUACGGUCAACCAGAACCUGAAGUGAUCAACAACACAGAAAGGGUUUUGAGAGGAGACUUUAAAACUCCUGCAAGCUUGAAAAGAUGGGCACAAAUACCUCAAAGACUCCAAGGUGGCAGAAACUGAAUAGAUUGCAAUAUUUGUCCUCCUUGGCUUUGAAUAACCUCACCGGACAACUCUGAAACAGACAUCUGUAAAGAAUAACAGUAUUAUGCAUUAGAUGUGGUGCAACAUGGGUCAUGAUGGUUAAAUGUGUAGCUUAAAUGCACUGUAAGUUGCUUUGGAUAAAACUUAAGCAUCUACCAAAUGCAUGUGUAAAUCUAAAUGAGCCAAAAUGUUAUAAUGCAAUAAACUGCAGUCACAUGAAAUGUAAAUGUUUUGUGAAAGACAUGUGCGUGUCAUAUACCAUUUUAAAUGACUUGAAAAGUAAAUCUGCAUUUUGCAGGUUAAUUAUUCUUGGAUAUAUUUAUAAUCCUACUAUUUUCUGCUGUACUCAUGUUAGAUAAUGUUUAUUUUUUCUGUAAAGGACAUUUAUUCAUUUACUGACAUUGGACUUCCUGAACACUGCAGUGUUGUUUUGAGGAAAUGUGAAAACAAACUGUGACGUUGAGCUUGGUGACGCGCUGUUGCUAUGUGAGCUCGUGCAUUUGCCUGACAUAGUUAUUAAAUUCAGUCAUUUAUUUCAGUGCCAAAACGUUUCUGAGUCCUCAAAAGUGUAUUAUUUCAAUCAAUGAUGAAUUAAUAAAAGACAUUGUUAUUUUUAAA